AUGCUGCGCUGGUCUCAGGUGGCGAAGCUUGCUGUUAAAGAGGCACAGUUGGAGGAGGUACGUAAACGGCAAGCCAAGAAGACGGCACAAAAAGAGAUGCAGGACUACUUGAAACGGCAGAUCGACCAGAAGACUUCCGACAAACAGAAAGCAGCAGAGCUUGAAAAGAAGCUCUUCGAGGUACAGCAGGCAGAGUUGGAACGCUGGAGAAAAGACCAAACGGUGCAGGCCGAAGAACGGCUUCGAAAGGUACAGCAGGUUGUCCGGGAUCGUGAAGUUCAAUCUGAAGAGGUGAAUCGAAAACGAGAAGCUGAGAAAGAGCAGAAGCUCGAAGAGGACAGACGCCUCGUGUUACGUGCCGCACAAGAAAUUGAGUUGGAAAAGAAAGCCGCACAGGCCAAGCGAGAGCAGACGAAGCUUGCUCAGCGGGCUUUGGUUCAGGAAGUUGGAGAGGACCAAGAGAAGAAGAACCAAGCGCGGCGGCGACGGAUCGAAGAAGAGAAACGGGCACUGCAAGAGUACGCUGAACUUUUGGACAAGCAGGAGGCCCGCAGCAAGGCGACCAAGCCCAAGAUCCGAGACCAGGUCCCGGCAGCUCCUCCAAAGGUGAAAAGGAAAGGGGAAGAGUUGUACCACGAUCCAGAGAUAGUGACGAGAAUACACAAUGAAGCAGUUGCAAGAGCAGAGCAGGCUGACCUGACCAAGCAGGCACAGUUAAAACUUGAGCGACGCAAGAACCAGGACUUCCUUUUCCAGCAGAUCGCAGAACGGGAUCAUCAGAAAAGAUUGAUGCAGGAGCAGAAAGGUGGCUUGAAAGUUGCUGCUCAGGCAGCAGCUGAAGAGCAUCGCGUAACAGAAUCGCAGCAAAUGCUUGAGCGGAAAAAGCGAUACUUGCAGUACCGGUUGGACUUGGAGGGUCAAAUGCGAACCAAGCAGACAACACAGCACACUUUGGAGGACCAGAUGAGUGGGGCAGAAAAAGCUAUCAAUCGUCGGUAUGUGUUCGAGGCACUCCAGAAGACUUCGGACCCCGAGGCAUUGCCGGCGCCAUGCACGGCUGAAGCUGUGCCUCAGUGA